AUGGGCUCUCCGGAGACUUUGAGCUACGCGAGUGACACGGGCAGCGAGGAACAAUCCCCCUCUCAGCUGAAGAUCAAGAUUCAAGCCAAAUUCAACAUCGCCCGACCACCUCCUAAAUCAACUCAACGACUACGACUCAGUCCAAAACUACUCCUUCAAAUCCAACAACUGCCCCGAGGUCGCCGACCAGUCCCCGUCUUGGAGAUAUGGCAACCACCACUUUGCAAAUCCAGACUCACGAGAAGGUUCACUCAGCGUCCCAAACUCGGCAUGAACGAUCUCUAUGCCACCGUCAACGAACCAUACAUCACGAGAAACGAACAACCAGAAUCCCAAUUAUCUCUCGACGAGACAGAAAAAGACGUCGUGGCAGCUAUGUAUCAGCCAACGCCCGACGCAACAUCAAGUUCCGCGAUCCAUUUCCGUGACGCACAAUGCAUCUGGCAAGCGAUGGCCAGCCCAGCUGGAUCUGGGACGUGUUACAAAUUCGCUAUCAAGAAUGAGGAGAAUGUUAUGGGCGCCGGACAGUCUAAGAUGUUCAUGCAAUGGGAGAAGCGGGUCCUCUCUGCUGAUGAGGGGAGCUCUGAGGUGGAGAAUGAGUAUUUUGUACUUCUUGCCAUUGAUCGUCAGGCACGACGGAAGAGUAGGAUUGCGACUAUGAAUCGGAGUGGUUUUGAGAUUACAGUGAGGAAGAGCUCGAUUUUGGAACAUCUCAGAGCUUGUAUGGCUUUGACGAGUCCUGUAUCUGGGGACACGGAUGUGAACUCGGAUGCGGACCUGGAGGUUUGGCUAUAUACUCAUGUUCUUACGCUUGGUGUUUGGGUGGCGUCUCAGGAGGGUUGGCUGAAUUGA